AUGCGUGCGUUGUUAGAGGAGUAUUUCGACUCGGUUCAUUGGUUUAGUUUGGUCAUCUACGAGCCAAGGUUUCGGGCAAAAUUCGAUUCCAUCAAGGACGGUCAUGCCUACCCCUCGCAAAAGUCAUUUCUUCUCCUCUUGUCCACAGUUACUGGGAUGGGAGCGUGGUACAAAUCUCACAAAAAAGACAUGGAUUCGGACUUCCCAGACGAAGAUUGGUACGCCUGGUCGCAAUCACUCAUCCAAGGCGCGGGCUCUCAACUUACUGAAUUGAUGGACCAGAGUACGAUCUCAUCUGUGCAGACAUUCGCUUCUAUUACAUAUGGUCGGCCUAUUGGUAUAAACGAGAAGGACUGUAACACAGUUCAUCCAAUCGACGUAUGCGAGUCGCCGUACUUCAAACCAGGAGAUCCUCCAGAAGCCGACCUGACGAUAUGUUACUCGUCCUACCAACGAGAGCUGAACAAGCUCUACCUCAUUGCGUCACCUAUCAUCGAGAUCAUUUUCGGAAUGCGUGCUGUGGGACCCAAUGAACGGCCUAGUGGGCCACAGUACACCGAUCAGAUCAUAGAAGUGACGGAAAAGCUUUGGGCAUGGCGCCGACGUCUGCCGCCUCAUCUUCUACUCGACAUGGCCUUCGACUGCAGUAUUGACCAAUCUCGCACUGCGCGCGUACACCAGCUACAGGCGUUGUCUCUUCAGCUUACAUUCGACAACCUACUAAUCAUCUUCAACCGCCCAUUGAUCGCGAAGCAAGUGGACCAUCUUAUCAGGACGCAACCGGAAAGUGCUCAUAGUGUUGCAUUAUCACCAGCAAGUCUUACGAACGUCGGAUCACCAUUCUUUGCAGCCCAUGAAUCCAGCCCACUAAACACAAGCCACAUGUCAAGCACCGAGCAAUGGUGGCACGCGGCGUUGAGAACUUCGAAAGUCACCGAACUCCCGCGGCUUUCUCAGCUAGCCACUGAUAGCCAUUUAGUAGCUUUCUUGGCCAUAAACUUGUUCAAUUCCGCUAUUGUCAUGGCCGUCUUAGCAUUGUCCGAUCCACUCUCGGACAGAGCACAAGAAGUAAAGAGGACCAUUACGCGAAUAUUUCGCUUACAAGAACUACUCGGAAAGAAGACACAGCUUUCGAUGCAGAGCAAUAUGGUUCUCAAGGACGUCAUCCAAAUGUUGUUGCGUAGAGAAGCAGAUGCUAUGUUUGGAGAGAGCGACAUUACGAGAUCGCAUGCAGGGACAGCGUUGAUGUCUGUCGAAGACACCCUUCGUCUGCCGACGCAGCUACCACCCAGCGGACACUACAGACCUCAACACAAUACAGUAGACAGCAUGCAACGCGUUCACGAGAGUAUGGCAUCCGUACAGAGAGGUAAGCUGUUGUUGAUGCAUUCUCAGCGAGCUAUAAAUCGUACUGACGGCGUGCUCUACCUAGUCUUCCCUACUGGUCUCGAUGGCAUCUAUCGUGACGACACUGCUGACGCCCAGCAAUGGAGCGCUAACGACGGUAAUGCGAGUAACUUACCUGGCGGACAUAAUGUGGACUGGUCAAAUACUGGCACUCAGGACUUCAAUCUCGAAGGAGAAUUAGACUGGAUCAGCGAUGACAAUGGCAUUGAUGCUACUGGCAACGGGUUAUAUUGGUUCUGGGAUUCCGUCUGGAAUGAGCCUCAGCUCUAG